UGUUCGCAAAAAUUACCACCUUUACUUCUUAUAUACAGCUCUAAAAAAACUUAAAAUAAAUAAAAAGUGGAUAAACUAUACCGCACAAUUGACGAAACCGCGACUGCAUGAAAAAUGGACGACAUACGCAGCAGCAUGGAUAAUAUGAUGGCGCAAUUCAACGAGGACAUAACCCACUCGGCGCCCAAGAAACUGCUCUUCAACCGGCUUUCCUCGUCUUUCAGCGAUAACUUAGUGGCUUCUCCCAAGAGGCGCCGCAUGGGGCAGGAGUCACCGGAGCGCAGCUUCAACGCCAGCAGCGCCUCCCUGAAUAGUUCCUCCAAUGAUCCCUUGGGUUCGUGGCAGAGCAGCAAACUGCGCACCGAUCUGAUCGAAACCAAGGCCAUAGUCAUCCAGCUGCGCAACGAGCUCGAGCAGAAGACCCGGGAGCACCGACAGGCCAUGAUGCUGGCCGAGAACAAGAGCUCGGCGCUGAAGCAGCAGUGCGAUGCCACCGGCAAGAAGUACUUGGAGCAGCAGAAGGAGCUGGAGACGCUGCGGAAACGGGAGCUGGCGCUCAAGGAUGAGGCCAGUCGAGCCAUCAAUGAGUUGGCACAGCUCCAGCUGAAGUACGACGAGGCCAUGACCAAGCUGCAGAAGGAGAAGUACCUGCAGGAGGAGGACGCCCGCGAUGUGCAGCUGUGCAUCAGCAAUGAGCUCAGCGAAUACCGCCGCCUGGCCCAGCGGACCGAUCUCGAGCUGCAGUCCACGCGCAACGAACUGGAGCGCCUGCGGAGGCGCCACGAAGAGUUCAAGGCAAGGUAUUCCGGCUACGAUGAGCUGCGCGGUGACUAUGAGAAGCAGACGCAGAGCCUGAAGGUGGCCAACGAUCGCAUCCAGGAGCUGGAGUUCGAGAUUCAGUCGUACAGCGACUGGAAGGAUGUCACGAAGGCCUCGCAGGAGCGGCUGGCCAGCAUUCCGGAGCUAAUGGCCGAGGUGGAGCGCCUGCGCGGCCACAACAAGCACUUAAACACUCUGAUCGGGGAUAAGCUGCUGCUGGAGGAGCAGGUGCACGACUACAAGACGCGACUGGACCGGGAGGAGGGUGCCCGCGCGGAGGCGGCCUCCCUGCAGGUGAAGCUGACGCAUGUGGAGCAGGAACUCAAGGAGUGGGUCAAGGUGGCCCAGGAUCACUGUCUGGCCAACACCCUGGUCAGCCCGAUGGCGCUGCGCUCGCGGAUUGAGCAGCUGCUUAAGGAGGACAUCGUUAAUGUGGCCGAGAAGACCUCUUCCGCCUCGGACACCAAGCAUUUGCAGACCGCAGUGCGCGAUCUGGAGCAAAAGUGCGCCGUCUACUUGAAGAACAUCGAGGAUCUGAACAUCGGACUGAAGCGGCACAAGAACUUCAAGGAGCGACUGCAGCGCAAGCUGAUCACCGUGUCCAAGGAGCGCGACUUCUACAAGCAGAUGGUGGAGAACUUCGACAAGGACAUGACCAUGAGCAAUGCCAGUGUGGCGGACAUGACGCAGGACAUGCAGCUGCGGUACCGCGUGGAGGUGCUGGAAAGGACCCUCACCGGCUACAAGGACAUGUGCGCCACGCUGGAGCGGGAGCUGCAGGCCAUGCGCCAGCAAGAGCUAAUGGCCGAACCGCCGGGCGAGGGCUACGAUAGCGUCAAGAAGGAACUGGAUACGCUGCGCCUGGAAAACGAACGCCUGCGCCGCCGCAAGGAGGAAAUGGAGUUGGAGCUGAUGCACCGCUGCCUGCGCGGCGACUUCAACAUGAAGGACUUUAAGGUCGUUCAUCUCAACGACAAUCCCGCCGCCGAGGCCUACGAGUCCAGCAAGAACAUGAUGGAGAAGCUGCAGGCGGAGAUCGAAAGACUUAAGCGGCGCAACAAGAAGUUGGAGGACGACGAGGAGCAGCGGAUCAAUGAGACCACCAGCACGGGCGGCAUGACCCUGAACUUCAAGGAGUUUAACCAACUGCGCGCGGACUUGGAAUCGGCCAAUGGCAAGAUGCGCAAGAUGAAGGAUUUGUUCAAGGCGGCCAGAGAGGAGUUCCGCGAUGUGUGCUACAUGCUAUUGGGCUACCGGAUCGAUCGCAUUGGCGCCAACAGCAACUACCGCAUUUCCAGCAUGUUUGCAGAGGGACCCGAUGACUAUCUGGACAUUAGCCUCAACGAGUCGAAUUGCUUGGCCCUGCUGGAGUCGCCCUACUCACAUACUUUCAAUCCGCCCAUUGAUCAGCAGCUGGCCGCCACUAAUUUUCCUGCAUUCUUUUCCAACCUCACCCUGGAACUUUUCCAAAGGGCCACUGUGACCUAGAGAAACACUACUUUAGUUGUAGCCUAA